AUGGUAGUGGAUCCGAGGCAGUUGGAGAAGUGGUCACUGGAGGCUGACAUACGAGCACUACUAGGAUUAGAUCGUGAUGAUUUGGACCAUAGGGAGCAGGUUGGAGAGGUUGCCAGUCUGUCUAGGUGGUACAGAGGAUAUGGUUUGUUGGGUGUGGCAGCUUUGACUCAUUUGCAGGAGUUUGGUCCGCCAGCUAGAGAGGCUCAGUGUUACCUUCUUUUGCUGCUUGGGUCCACACUGUUCGUAGAUAAUAGUAAGGACCGCGUUUCUACUGUUAUCAACUUGUUUGUAAAGAGGCCUGAUAUGCUAGGAGACUUGGUAUUGCCUCCCGGGCGGAGGCUAAGGGAGUGGCGGGUUGUUUGA